AUGUUCAUAUUAUGUCUGCUGUAUAAAACAAUCUUCCAAUUUCUUGUAGUUGGCGCAGGAUCCGCAGGAUGCGUUCUGGCCAACCGUCUCACAGCUGAUGGCACGAAAAAAGUGUUGCUUCUGGAAGCUGGUGGACUGGAGGGUGCAGCUGUACAGGUCCCAUUUUUUUCGCCUCUUUUACAACGAACCAAAAUUGACUGGGACUACACGAGCGAACCACAGCAGGAAGCCAGCUUAUCUGUCGAUGGCCGGAUUAAUAGAUUCCCACGUGGCAAAGUAUUUGGUGGCUCGAGUUCAAUCAACCAUGUCAUCUACUCUCGAGGUAACCGCAAGGACUUUGAUAAUUGGGCGUCUUUGUAUGGCGCCGAGGGCUGGUCUUACAAAGACGUGCUUCCAGACUUCAUCAAGAUUGAAACAUCGUACCUAGGGAUCGACAAUGCAAACCGGCCCACAAUCAAGACAUAUGGCUUGUUGCACCUGCACACCCACCUUAAGAACCUACUCCGCGACCUUCACUGCAACUUUGUCAUCGCCGACGUCGCCGAGCCAAUCAUCGGCUACAAGCUCAUUGGAUACAACCUCAUUUCGGACUGCUGCAAGAACUGGCUCAUUGACGCGACAAUGGGACGUUCCACACCAGGCCAGAGAACAGCCGCUGGCCUGGUGUGGAACGCUGCCAUCAUCAGCUCGGUGCAGAUAACAGUUGACGUCCUUGCCGAGGCUCAGGCCACGCAUGCUGCACUGCAGCAACUUCUCAAGGGCACGCCCUCACAACACCUAGAGAAAGUCCCCAUUCCAGGGUCGGCAAAAAUCAUCUGCUUCAACAUGUUGACAGUACAAAGCUACCAUGGAGACAGUGGAGAAGUGCCAAUUACUUUUCCCAGUUCACACACAAAAGCCAGUGACCUGUUUUUGGAGGCUGGUCAGGAACUUGGUUACAGCAACGACGACUAUAAUGGGCCAAACCAGACAAGUUUUUCCCGCGUACAAAAUAACGUAAAGAAUGGAGAGCGCUGGAGCUCAAGUAAAGCCUUCAUCCCCAAUGACGUUCGCAGGAGGCGCAACUUGGACGUCGCACUUCACGCGCACGUGACGAAGGUUAUCUUCGAGGGAAUGACAGCUGCAGGCGUGGAGUACAGGCGAUACUUCAAAACACGUACUGUUCGAGCGAGAAAAGAAGUCAUACUUUGCGCUGGAGCGAUUGCUUCCCCACAGCUACUAAUGCUAUCCGGUAUCGGACCUCGGGAACAUCUGGAGUCCUUGGGGAUCAACGUUAUUGCUGAUCUUCCCGUAGGCGAGAAUCUGUACGACCACGUCACCGUGAACGGAAUCGCAGCAUCAUCAGCGGAAAACAUAGAACUUAACUACUAUUUACCAUCUACAGUGUCAAAGUAUGUCCUAUUUAGAACAGAACAUGUGCAAAACAGUGCGUUUACUCUGGAAAACGAUGUGAGUGGCACCGUCAUACACGCUGCCUCUAUUUCCGAGGAAGCAUUGGGGGUGGAAGUAGUGUUGCAAGUGGUGGAGAUAUAUGAAAACUACUACAAGCGAAAGCGUGGUGACAACGUAAUAAUGAUUGUGCCAGCACUUCUGCGCCCCAAAUCAUCAGGCUACAUUCGGCUGAGGAGCACCAAUCCCGAAGAGUAUCCUAGUAUUAACCCUAGAUUUUUUACCGAUACAUCAGACCUUGAAUCAUUAAUUGAAGGCUCAAAGAUUGCCGUCCAGACGCUGACUACGCAAGCCAUGAGGAAUGCCAACGUGACAAUUUGGGAUAUUGCGCUUCCGGCUUGCGAAUCUGCAGGACCCGUAUGGAGCGAGUCAUAUCUGCGUUGCUUUGUGCGGCACGUUUCGCUCAGUGGUUGGCACCCCUGUUGCACUGCCCCGAUGGGAACGCAUCGCCAGGCUGUGCUGGAUCCGAGACUCAGGGUGCUUGGCGGCGUGAAAAAUUUACGAGUUGUGGAUGCGUCAUCGAUGCCUUACCUUACAGCCGGAAACCUUAAUUCACCACUAAUGAUGAUGGGUCACCGUGCUGCUGCCAUGAUCAUCGAAGACAACUCUUAG